AUGGGUGACCAAUACGAGCCGCUAGGACCAGUUGGUGACGCUCCGCCGCCACCACCACCACCACCAGGAGGAGGAGUAGGAGUAGGAGCAUUACCAUUUCUUCCACCACCGCCUCCACCUCCACCUCCACCGCCGCCUCCACCACCUCCACCUCCUCCUCCACCACCACCGCAACGGCGUCGGGGGACGGAGCCGAAGCCAUCUGCACCGAAACGAGGCUCAGAAAGGCACACUAGUGCCAAAGUCAAGAAGAAAGCUGCUUCAAGAGCAUCGUCGACUAGUAGUUCAAUGGAACAGCCGAUCAUUGUAGUGCCAAUGGAAGAGGAAGCACAACCGUGUUGUAGCUGCUCGUGCUUACUUAUGCUUGUGAUUAUAAUUAUGGUAGUUAUUGGAGCCGGCUAUGUUGUUCUCAUGCAUACAAAUGUGGAUAUACCUGUUUUGAGUGAGCUGAUAGGAAAAUCGAAAGGAGGUGCUGAAACGACGACAGCAGGAUCAUCAUAG